AAAGCUCCCUGUUUUCAUUUACCACCUCUUAUUAUAAAGGGGGGUCACGGUUCCCAUAGUAGAUUUCAACAUUCCUCCCCCCUAGAUACAAAUAGUAAGAAUAUAGUUUCUCUCAGAUUGUUGCUCAAUGCUGCUAUAAAAGCAGCAGAGUUAGGUGGAUAUGAAGUCGUUUAUGUACACGAUCAAACAACAUUUAACAUUGAAAGUAAAGGGAAAACUAAAGAAGGUGUAAAUAAUCCAGUAACAGCAGCAGAUUAUAGAUCACACUGUGUUAUGUAUCAUUCUUUAAAGGAUGCAUUUUCAGGCAUUACUGUGAUAUCUGAAGAAGCAUCAAAAGACUGUGAUAAAGUAUUUGUACCUGAUCCUUGGGUUCCUGUUAGUAAUCUCAAAGAAUAUGAUAUCGGAGAUGACUUUGAAAAUAUUGAAGAUAUCACUAUUUGGAUUGAUCCUUUAGAUGCUACUAAAGAAUUCACUGAAAAUUUGUUACAAUAUGUAACGACUAUGGUUUGCAUAGCUGUUAGAGGGAAACCUGUAAUAGGUGUUAUUUAUAAGCCAUUUGAAACUAAAAAAGAACAUAAAUUAUAUUGGGCUUGGGUUGGUCGCGGAGCAUCACCAAAUUUAUAUAAUUUGUCCAAGCAUGGAAAUAAUGAACCACCAAUUUUAAUUGUAUCACGGUCACAUGCUGGUCAAGUUCAUAAUAUUUCCAAGAUUGCUUUUGGUGAUUUUCAAAUUGUUUCUGCUGCAGGCGCUGGUUUCAAAUUUUUAGAAGUAGCAGUUGGAAAUGCUACUGCAUAUAUUCAUACAACCGCUAUUAACAAGUGGGAUAUAUGUUCUGGAACAGCUAUUAUUAGCGCUCUUGGUGGAAAGACUACAUCAUUAUUUGAUGGACACUUUAUUAAUUAUGAUUCUAGUGAUACUAAAACAUUAACAUCCGGUCUUUUAGCUACAAUGACUGGUCAUAAUUGGUAUUUGGAUAAAUUUUUAAAUAUAUAGUUGAAAUUUGUUGUUUUA